CGCCCUCAGCCUCCCCGCCCCCCGCCCUUCCACCAUGGCCGCCUCUGUGUGGUGUGGGGUGAAGCUGGUCCUCCGUGUCCACCUAUAGCGCGCACUGCCUCACCCUCACCCCUGGGGGCCGGAUCCCAAGAAGCCUCGCUCCCCAACCCUUGGGGCACCAGCCAGGAAGGUUUCCUACCCCUACUUCAGGGGCAGGAGUCCGCUUUCCCCCACCUCCUGAGGCAGGAACUGAGGGUUUGCCCUGUUUCUCUUAGGGUCGGGAGUCAGAAAGGGCUCCCCUUCCACUUCAGGGGCGGAAGCCUCCCCUCCCUUUCCGUAGGUGCAGACCCCUACCCCGGCAUACUCAGGAGCUGGCGGCCUUUCCCCAGCACUGCCACUGCAGAGACAGGAUCUAGAGGGCCGUCCGCCUUCGCCUCCUCCACAGGAGCGGCCUUUGGGAGAGGAGGGCGGGGUGGACAGGACAGGGACCCUUCCCUCCCCUGCCCCACUCCCCCCUCUUGCCCCCAGGUCCUGGCAACCCAGAGUUCCUCAUCUCUAGGACUUCCCACCCGUCCACCCCCUGGCCUCUUCCCGUCUCCUGGCAGCAGCCAUGGAGAUACCGAAGGGAAAGGGGGCAGCAGCAGCUGCUGCUUCGGGAGCAGCGGGAGGUGGAGGAGGAGCGGGAGCAGGAGCCCCAGGAGGGGGGAGGCUGCUACUUUCAACCAGUUUGGAUGCCAAGGAUGAGUUAGAGGAGAGGUUAGAAAGAUGUAUGAGCAUUGUGACAUCGAUGACUGCUGGUGUCUCAGAGAGGGAGGCCAACGAUGCCCUCAACGCCCACGUGUGCAAAGGCCCCCCCCAGCAUGAGGAAAUCUGCCUAGGCCUCUUCACCCUUGUCCUCACCGAACCUGCCCAAGCUCAGAAGUGUUACCGGGACUUGGCUCUGGUGAGUCGCGACGGCAUGAAUAUUGUCCUGAACAAGAUCAACCAGAUACUUAUGGAGAAGUACCUGAAGCUGCAGGAUACCUGCCGUACUCAGUUGGUGUGGUUGGUGCGGGAACUAGUGAAGAGUGCGGUUCUGGGAGCUGACGGUGUGUGCAUGACGUUCAUGAAGCAGAUUGCUGGUGGAGAUGUUACUGCAAAAAAUAUCUGGUUGGCAGAGAGUGUCCUGGAUAUCCUGACAGAGCAGAGGGAAUGGGUGUUGAAGAGCAGCAUCCUCAUCGCCAUGGCUGUUUACACGUACCUCCGCCUCAUCGUCGACCACCACGGAACUGCCCAGCUCCAGGCCCUGCGGCAGAAGGAGGUGGACUUUUGCAUGUCGCUGCUUCGCGAACGGUUCAUGGAAUGUUUGAUGAUUGGCCGGGACCUCGUACGACUACUUCAGAAUGUUGCCAGGAUACCAGAAUUUGAACUGCUUUGGAAAGAUAUUAUCCAUAACCCUCAGGCCUUAAGUCCUCAGUUCACAGGUAUCCUGCAGCUUCUUCAGUCCAGAACGUCCCGAAAAUUCCUGGCAUGUCGUCUAACCCCAGAUAUGGAGACUAAGCUCCUCUUCAUGACCUCCCGGGUGCGGUUUGGGCAGCAGAAGCGCUACCAGGAUUGGUUCCAGCGCCAGUACCUGUCAACCCCAGACAGUCAGUCUCUGCGCUGUGACCUCAUUCGCUACAUCUGUGGGGUCGUCCACCCUUCUAACGAAGUGCUGAGUUCAGAUAUCUUGCCCCGAUGGGCCAUCAUCGGCUGGCUCCUGACAACGUGCACGUCAAAUGUCGCUGCCUCCAAUGCCAAGCUGGCUUUGUUUUACGACUGGCUGUUCUUUAGCCCAGACAAGGAUAGCAUUAUGAACAUAGAACCAGCCAUCCUGGUCAUGCACCACUCCAUGAAGCCACACCCAGCCAUUACUGCCACACUCCUGGACUUCAUGUGCCGUAUCAUUCCCAACUUCUAUCCACCUUUGGAGGGCCACGUGCGACAGGGUGUCUUCUCCUCCCUCAACCACAUUGUGGAGAAACGGGUCUUGGCGCAUCUGGCUCCCCUGUUCGACAACCCCAAGUUGGAUAAGGAGCUGCGGGCAAUGCUGAGGGAGAAGUUCCCUGAGUUCUGCAGCUCACCCAGCCCUCCUGUGGAAGUCAAACUUGAGGAGCCGGUUUCCGUGGAAAUGGACAACCACAUGUCAGACAAGGAUGAGGGUUGCUACGACAACGCGGAGGCAGCCUUCAGUGACGACGAGGAGGACCUCAGCAGCAGAGGAAAGAAGAGGGAGUUCCGCUUCCAUCCUAUCAAGGAGACUGUCGUGGAGGAGCCAGUGGAUAUCACCCCGUAUCUUGACCAACUGGAUGAGUCCUUAAGGGACAAAGUGCUCCAGCUCCAGAAGGGGAGUGACACCGAGGCCCAGUGUGAGGUCAUGCAGGAAAUCGUGGACCAGGUUCUGGAGGACGACUUUGACUCGGAGCAGUUGUCCGUCCUUGCUUCCUGCCUGCAGGAACUCUUCAAAGCCCACUUCCGAGGGGAGGUGUUGCCUGAGGAGAUCACUGAGGAGUCCCUGGAGGAGUCUGUGGGAAAGCCUCUCUACCUAAUAUUUAGGAACCUGUGCCAGAUGCAGGAGGACAACAGCAGCUUCUCUCUGCUUCUGGACCUCCUGUCCGAGCUGUAUCAGAAACAGCCCAAGAUUGGCUAUCACCUGCUGUACUACUUGAGGGCCAGCAAAGCCGCUGCUGGGAAGAUGAACCUGUAUGAGUCCUUUGCCCAGGCCACCCAGCUGGGCGACCUGCACACCUGCCUGAUGAUGGACAUGAAGGCCUGUCAGGAGGACGACGUGCGGCUGCUGUGCCACCUCACGCCCUCCAUCUACACAGAGUUUCCAGAUGAGACCUUGCGGAGCGGCGAGCUGCUGAACAUGAUCGUGGCUGUUAUUGACUCUGCGCAGCUCCAGGAGCUGGUCUGCCAUGUGAUGAUGGGGAACCUGGUUAUGUUUCGAAAGGACUCAGUCCUCAAUAUUCUCAUCCAGAGCCUGGACUGGGAGACCUUUGAGCAGUACUGUGCCUGGCAGCUCUUCCUGGCCCACAACAUCCCCCUGGAGACCAUAAUCCCCAUCCUGCAGCACCUCAAAUACAAAGAGCACCCAGAGGCCCUGUCUUGCCUGUUGCUUCAGCUCCGAAGAGAGAAGCCCAGCGAGGAGAUGGUGAAGAUGGUGCUGAGUCGGCCGUGCCACCCCGACGACCAGUUCACCACCAGCAUCCUGCGGCACUGGUGCAUGAAGCAUGAUGAGCUGCUGGCCGAGCACAUCAAGUCCCUGCUCAUCAAGAACAACAGCCUCCCACGCAAGAGGCAGAGCCUGAGGAGCUCCAGCAGCAAGCUGGCCCAGCUGACCCUGGAGCAGAUCCUGGAGCACUUAGACAACCUUCGUCUCAACCUGACCAACACCAAGCAGAACUUUUUUAGCCAGACCCCGAUUCUGCAGGCCCUGCAGCACGUGCAGGCAAGCUGUGAUGAGGCCCACAAGAUGAAGUUCAGCGAUCUCUUCUCCCUGGCUGAGGAAUACGAGGACUCGUCCACCAAGCCACCCAAGAGCCGGAGGAAAGCAGCUCUGUCCAGCCCCCGCAGCCGCAAGAACGCCACCCAGCCGCCCAACGCCGAGGAAGAGUCCGGCUCCAGCAGUGCCUCCGAGGAAGAAGACGCAAAACCGAAGCCCACCAAGCGGAAACGGAAAGGGUCCUCUGCAGUGGGGUCUGACAGUGACUGAGCCCUGUGUCUCCCAUCCCAACCCUGGUCAGACUGCCCUCCUCCCCUUGGUGUUUCGGAGGUUAAUAAGGGCUGGGGAGAUGGUGGGGAGACGCUCUGUCCCCCAGCCCAAAGUUCACCUGGUGGGAAGGACGCGCUGCCGCCUCUGGCUCAGGCUUGAGAAGCCGCCGUGCAGCCCCAGCCCCUGCCCGCUUCCUCUCCAGGGGCCUCCGGCCCCAUCACACUGCUGCUCCUACCCACUCACAUCCCGCUGAAGCCAGAGGCUUCUGGAAACCUGGCCCGUGCGGCUCUUCCACCCCUGCCCCUCCCCAGCCUCCCAAAGAGAAGAGAAAUGGCAGAUGGGGCUGCUGGCCAGAGAGGCCAGGUAUGGGAAUGAAGAAAGGUGUGUGGGUGCCCCUUCCCACGCUACCCAUCAGGCCCUGAUUUGCCCUGAACACGCAUUUCAUAGUUGCCCUCUGUCCUCCUGCGUGCGGUGGGCAUUUCGUCAGUGACAUGGUCCGCCUGCCUGUUCUUAACAUGGGGCAGGUGCCGCAAGAGUUCAGGCAGGGACCAGAGAGGGAGGCCGCGGCCCCACCGGCCUAGAAGCUUGUGUUGACCUGAUGUUGGCACCCCAGGCUGGGCCAGAGCCCUGGGACUCCCUAGAGGGAGCCAUGUCCACAGAACUGUCAAAUGGUCCUAUUUCCUUGGCUCUGUCUGUUUUGUUUUGUUUUGUUGGCAGAGAUAAUCGCGUUUUAAAAGUUUUUAAAUGACAAUAAAACAAGCCAGAACCUCA